AUGGAAGUGGUUCAUCAUCGCUACAAAGUUUCACCAAAAGGAGAAGAUAUUGUUAGCAGCAUGCCCGAUAUUGUGAUCGCUAGUAUUAUGAAUCGUUUGCCAUUGAAAGAAGCGGUGGCGACUAGUGCCAUUACAAAGUUGGUUCUGAAUAAACCUGAUUGGAUCGAAUUGGAUGUUGAGGAUAUCAACCAUAGGGUUAUGUUUCUCUCUAGAAUACGAGGAUUUGAGGAACUCACUUUAACACGUUGCCAUAAAACACCGGCUAAAUUUCCUAGCCAUCUUUUCUCUUGUCUAGACUUGAAACGUUUGAGGCUUGAUGACUGUGUCUUGUCUCCUCCGCCUUAUUUUCAUGGAUUUCCAAAGCUAUUGACCUUAGACUUGCAUGAUGUAAGCAUUCGAGACCACAAAUAUGAGGAAUUAAUUGCGCUUUCUCCCUUGCUUGAAAACCUCGAAAUUAGGAACAGCAACCUUAUAGGGGAAGUGAAAUUGGUUGAGAUUGCAAAACUUAAAAAUCUCAAGAUGAUACUUAUGCCAUUGUGUAUGCUUGACAACAUGACCAAGAUCAGACUUUCAACUGUCCUCCAGCAUUUGUCCUGUCUUCCAAAACUUCAGGAGCUUUGUUUAGAGUUUAAAAACUACGAGUUCUUGCCAGAAGAUUUUUCUCAAAAUCGGGUCUCUGCCACCUUUCCAUUCCUCAAGGAGCUUUGUUUAUACAAUGUGGAUUUUAGUCGUGUUUCCAUGUUUUCAUGUGCCUUUGGGAUGCUUUUUGUCAGCCCAAAUUUGCAGUACCUUUAUAUCACAGCUAUGUACAAGAAUGUUGUCCCCAUACCUGCCAUAUUUCCUCCAGACGUAGACUGCAGCACAAUGGGGCAGCUGCAGCUUCGGAAUGUGGAUUUAGAUUCUGUAAAAGGUUUGGAAAAUGAAGUAUGGUUGAUUAAGUAUAUACUGGCUUGUUCCCCCAUGCUAAAGAGCAUCAAAAUUCUACUCGACGAGACCAUAGAGAGUAAUGAAAAGGAGAAGUAUAAGCUCGCUAGCAAGUUGUUGAAGCUCCAUCGAGCCUCCCCAAUAGCCGAAGUUAUCUUCUUGGACUAA